CGCGUGGUUUUCAAUUCUCCAAUCGUCUUCAGAUCACGGAUCGUAUCAUCGCAAUAAGCGAGAGAACUAGAGAGAGAUAGAAUGUCUGGAAUGGUAGAUGCGAGCUCGUGGGGCGCAGCGUUGGUAAGGAUCUCGCCGUACACAUUCUCGGCAAUCGGAAUCGCCAUCUCGAUCGGCGUCUCUGUUCUCGGCGCCGCCUGGGGGAUUUACAUCACCGGGAGUAGUUUGAUCGGUGCUGCUAUUGAAGCUCCUCGUAUCACUUCCAAGAAUCUCAUCAGUGUAAUUUUUUGCGAAGCUGUAGCUAUAUAUGGCGUUAUUGUUGCAAUCAUUCUGCAAACGAAGUUGGAGAGUGUCCCAUCUUCAAAGAUGUAUGACGCCGAGUCUCUUAGAGCUGGAUAUGCAAUCUUCGCAUCUGGAAUCAUAGUUGGGUUCGCCAACCUUGUAUGCGGGUUAUGUGUAGGGAUCAUUGGAAGCAGUUGCGCAUUGUCAGAUGCUCAGAACUCCACACUCUUUGUGAAGAUUCUUGUGAUUGAGAUCUUCGGAAGCGCUCUUGGUUUGUUUGGAGUUAUUGUGGGGAUCAUUAUGUCCGCACAAGCAACAUGGCCGACCAAAUAGACACAACCCAUCCAGUAUGAAACUCUGGAAAGAAGAUGGUUUCUUGAUUAUCUUCAUUGUUAUAUGGGUCUAGAAGAAAAACCAGUGUGAGAACUGAAGAACCUCUUUUGUAUCCCUGAUUUUUUUUUAAACUUUGGAAUAAGCCACUUUGGAGAACAUCUUCUUGUUUGUAUUCUCUUUUAAUCAAAGACAAGAGUUUGUAUACGACUUCUUGUUGGCUCUU